AAUAAAUUAAUCAGUUGUUUUGGGUGUGAAAAGCAAAAUUCAAAAUGAGUGAAAGAAGCGUAUCGGAUAUCGAAACCGAUGAAGAAAAUGACCCUAUCGAUGGGAAAACAAUCCAGAAAGAAAAGAAUGAGCAAUCUUCAAGCAAGAGCACCGAGGCGGCAGCCCCAUUCAUAAAACCAAAGAGGGGAAUGUGGGGUGCGGCUGCCAAAUUAGCUGUCAAGUCACAAAACGAGCCAGAAGCCGAAGAGUCACCCAAGAAAACACUCAAGUCGGUGGCAAAAAGAUUAAAUCGACAAAUCAAAGCCAUGACAUUGAUUAAAAGAUGGACCCAAAUGACAUCUUUGGGACAAUUCGCUAAAGACGAAGACCAUUUGAAUUAUAUCCGUGAUGUUACUAAACAAACGGCAAUCGAAAUUCCCGCCCCUAUAGAGCAUUGCAUAAAUGAGGAAGUCUUGGGAAUUCUACAAGAAACACUAAAGCAGUAUAAGAUAGAGUUGGGAACAAACCACCCAUUGACGCAAGAGAUGCAAAAGAAAAUACAAGAUAUGAAGGAAAAAGUUGUAUCGUGUGUUCCGAAAGAGAGUCGAAGGGAUGGAACAUUUUUUCGUAAAUUAUCAAAUGUGUUUUUGGGAGAAUAAA